UUCAGUUGCAUUUUUGCAUUGAGCCGGGUAGUGAUCACACUGGCAUGGUUUUAACUAAGUAUUAUAAACAUUAUUAGCUUGAAAAAAAUUAUAUGUUUUAUAUAGAAAUGUGCAUGAUUUAUAUCCUGUGUUAGAUAGUAGAUACAGUAAUACAUUUGUUCAAUUACAAAUUGUUAAUGAAAUUUUUAUAGCCGUGUUAAUAUACAUUACGAUAGAUAUAAUUUCAAAUCUUAAAUACAUCUGUGAAGUGUAGAGUGAAUCGUUAUGAAAAUAAAUAAUUAUUAACAACAAAAUAAAACGCUAGAAGAUAAUGGAAAGUGCUAGAAAAAAAGGCAAGCCACCCCAUCCACGAGCUAAAACAAAUCCUCUCUCAGCUUUAACCUUCGCAUGGACCCUGCCUAUAUUUUGGGGAGGGCUUAAAAAAGAAAUUGAGGAAGAGGAUCUGUAUGAACCCUUAGAAGAACAUGCAUCAGGUCCAUUAGGGGAUAAGUUUGCGCGGCUAUGGGAGGAGGAAGUGGCCAAUGCAAGGGGCAAACGCACCCCCAGUCUCCUGCGGGUGAUCAUGAAAGCAUACGCGGGCCGCUGUAUGCUGUAUGGAUUGGUGCUCAUGUUUAUGGAGUGCGGAAUACGCAUAGCGCAACCGGUUUUUCUGGGCAAACUGGUGGAGUUCUACAGUCCCGGACAGCGUCAAAUGAAACCUAACGAGGCUUAUAUCUACGCGGGGGCCGUGGUGAUAUGCUCGGCACUGAACGUAUUCGUGGUGCAUCCUUACAUGAUGGCAAUUCUCCAUAUGGGCAUGAAGUUCAGGGUCGCCUGCUGUUCACUUAUAUACAGAAAGUCGCUCCGGCUCUCGAAGACAGCGCUCGGCGAAACCACCGUCGGUCAAGUGGUGAACCUGCUGUCGAACGAUGUGAACAGGUUCGACGUGGCCAUCAUCUUCCUUCACUACCUGUGGAUUGGGCCGCUCGCGACCAUCAUCAUAACCUACUUCAUGUGGCUGGAGAUCAGUUGGGCGGCUGUCGUGGGCGUCGGGUUCAUGUUAUCUUUCAUUCCACUACAAGCGUAUCUCGGGAAGCGCACAUCCGUACUGCGGCUCAAAACUGCGCUCCGUACGGACGAGCGAGUCCGGCUUAUGAAUGAGAUACUGUCGGGGAUCCAGGUCAUCAAGAUGUACACGUGGGAAAAACCCUUCGCCGACCUCGUCGCGAAGGCGAGAAAGCAAGAAAUAAAGCAGAUAAGAGCCACGUCGUACAUCCGCGGUAUACUCACCUCAUUCAUAAUGUUCAUCACAAGGAUAUGCCUCUUCUUCUCGAUCCUGGCGUUCGUUCUGGAGAACAACGUGAUCAGCGCGAAGCAGGUCUUCGUCGUCACCAGUUUCUACAAUAUUCUGCGGCAGACAAUGACCGUGUUCUUUCCGCAAGGUAUAGCUCAAGUCGCCGAAGCAAACAUAUCAAUAAAACGCCUCCAGAACUUUAUGUUAUACGAAGACACCAGCAAACCUGUGCCAGGGCUCGCAGAGAUUCAGACCUCAAGCAAGAGCAAGGUGAAAGAGGAGAUGCUGGAAAAGGAUGCGAGACCUUCAGCCGCUUCGAUUGAUGUUGGAGAAAUUAAAAAAAAGAGUUCGAAACUCUCUCUGGAAGUGCCUCCGAAGAAGACAGAAGACGCUAAAGGAAAUGGUACAUUAAGCAGCCCCAUGGAAUCUAGUGAGGAAGAUAACGAGGAACUUGCCACGGUGGUCGAAGAGGACGCGAGAGGAGUCAGGCUGAAGCACGCGACAGCCAAGUGGAUAGUCUCCAACGCCGAAAACACUCUUACUGAUAUGUCCCUCACUAUUAAACCCGGCAAGUUAAUAGCGGUGAUCGGGCCGGUGGGAGCAGGCAAGUCGUCAUUGCUGCACGUGCUGCUCAAGGAGCUGCCGCUCGUGUCGGGCUCCGUACAUCUCGGGGGCACCGUGUCCUAUGCCAGUCAAGAGCCUUGGCUGUUUGCAGGCAGCGUUAGACAGAACAUUCUGUUCGGUCAGCCGAUGGAUAGACCACGCUACAACACAGUGGUGAGGAGGUGCGCACUCGACAGGGACUUCACUCUAUUCCCGCACGGUGACAAGACGGUGGUCGGCGAGCGUGGAGUCAGCCUUAGCGGAGGUCAGCGCGCCCGGAUAUCCUUGGCUCGAGCUGUAUACAAACGCGCAGAUAUCUACCUCCUGGAUGAUCCGCUGUCCGCCGUGGAUGCGCAUGUCGGCAGACACCUGUUUGAAUCCUGUAUUGUUGGCUACUUGCGGAACACCACUAGGGUGCUGGUCACCCAUCAGCUGCAGUUCCUCAAGGACGUGGAUCAGAUUAUAAUAUUGAAAAAUGGAGCGAUAGCUGCUGCCGGUGACUUCGAAACUCUGAGCGCGUCCGGUUUAGAUUUUGCGACGCUAUUAGCCAAAAAUGAACAGGAAGACGAGAAACCAGCGGCUGAGGAGAAACCACCGGCUGAUCCGGAGGAUUCUGUUAUCCAAGGCAGUUUCAGAAACCGCCAGAUGAGCAUACAUUCUGUGAGUUCUGUGGACAAUCUAACGGCCACAGCGCCGCCGGAGGGCGGUCGAGAAGAAGCGGAGAUGCGGACAGCGGGCGCGGUGUCGGGCGCGGUGUACGGAGCGUACCUGCGGGCCUCCGGACACCCCCUGCUGGUGACGCUCAUGGUGCUGGUGGCGGUGCUGGCCCAGCUGCUGGGCUCGGGCUCCGACUGGUGGACGGCGUAUUGGGUGAAUUUGGAAGAGGAUCACCCGCUCUCAGCGAUGGCCGCGGUGGAGAACAGUAACGCCAGCGACCCGCUCGACAAGACGGGCAACUUGACCGAAGCACUCCUUGAUAAUGCCCAAUUCUCUGCGGGACUCACACGCUACGACUGUAUUUAUAUUUACUCAGGUAUGGUGGUGGCUCUCGUGGUCAUCUCUCUGCUGCGCUCGUUCAUGUUCUUCUCGAUGGCCAUGCGCGCGUCCACGGGGCUCCACAACAAGAUGUUCGCGUCAAUCACGCGCGCGCCCAUGCGGUUCUUCCACACCAACCCCUCGGGACGUAUUCUCAACAGAUUCUCCAAAGACAUGGGCGCUGUCGAUGAGGUGCUGCCCUCAGCGCUGCUAGACGUCUUACAGAUCGGGCUCUCGCUGAUCGGUAUCGUGGUGGUGGUGGCCAUGGUGAACUACUGGCUCCUGGUGCCCACGCUCGCCAUCGGCUUCGUGUUCUACGGCCUGCGCAUCUUCUACAUCGCGUCGUCCCGCAGCAUCAAGCGCCUCGAGGGUGUGACCCGCAGUCCGGUGUUCUCUCAUCUCAACGCUUCACUUCAGGGCAUCACCACAAUACGUGCUUUCGGUGCGCAAGAGGCUCUCAUUAAAGAGUUUGACAACCAUCAAGAUCUACACAGCUCUGCUUGGUAUCUGUUCAUCGCGAGCUCCCGCGCUUUCGGUUUUUGGUUGGAUCUGGUGUGUGUGGUAUACAUAGCGGUGGUCACCAUGAGUUUCCUCGUCAUUGGACAAGAGAAGUACGGCGGCAGCGUGGGUCUGGCCAUCACACAGGCCAUGGGGCUCACCGGCAUGUUCCAGUGGGGCAUGCGCCAGUCCACCGAGCUGGAGAACCAGAUGACCAGUGUCGAGAGGAUACAAGAAUACUCUAAUAUAGAAUCGGAGCCCCCGCUAGAGUCUAGCCCGGGCCAGAAGCCCCCGCCGUCGUGGCCGGACGCCGGGCGCAUCUCCUUCCGCCACGUGUUCCUGUACUACGCGCCCGGCGAGCCGCCCGUUCUCAGGGAUCUCACACUUGAGAUUCUGCCCAAAGAGAAAGUGGGUAUCGUGGGCCGGACGGGCGCCGGCAAGUCCUCGCUCAUCAACGCGCUGUUCAGGCUAGCAACAAUAGAAGGUGAAAUAAUAAUAGACGGGCGCGAGACCUCUCAGCUGGGACUGCACGAGCUGCGCAGCCAGGUGUCCAUCAUCCCGCAGGAGCCGGUGCUGUUCUCCGGGACCAUGCGGCACAACCUGGACCCCUUCGACGAGUACCCGGACCAGGUGCUGUGGCGGGCGCUGGAGGAGGUGGAGUUAAAGGAAGCGGUGUCGGAGUUGGCGGCGGGACUCAACUCGCGCAUGUCGGAGGGCGGCGGCAACUUCUCGGUGGGUCAGCGGCAGCUCGUGUGUCUGGCGCGGGCCAUCGUGCGCCGCAACCGGCUGCUGGUGUUGGACGAGGCCACGGCCAACGUGGACCCGCAGACAGACGCGUUGAUCCAAGCUACAAUAAGGACCAAGUUCGCGGAGUGCACCGUACUUACGAUAGCUCAUAGACUGCACACCGUCAUGGACUCUGAUAAAGUUUUGGUGAUGGACGCCGGGCAGAUGGUAGAGUUCGAUCACCCGCACGUGUUGCUGCAGAAGACGGACGGAGUGCUGCGCGGGAUGGUGGAGCAGACCGGCCGCUCCAUGGCCGACACCCUGGCCAAGGUCGCCUUGCAGGCAUACAAUAAGAAGUUCUUGCAGGAGUCGGCAGCCAGCGAAUGAAGAAGCGGUUGAAAGACUCGUGUCAGUUCCUAUUUACAUGACGUGUCUACUGUCUACUUGGAUAUUGUGAUACUUGUCUAUCUCACUAAAUUAUACACCACAAUGUUCUUGAUUUUAUACAGCAUAUUUAUUCCGUUAUUUAUAACUAUGGUUAAGAGUAUCAAAGGGAACGUAUAACAAGUGAGCUUUACUACAUUAUGUAGAAUGUUUCGAAUUAAUUAUUACUCUCGAAUAUUGUGUCGAGCCUCGUUCACGCCAAGACCGUGUCGCCGAUAACUCGGUCGCAUUUACAAUUAAUGUGAUAAUUUAGAAUUAUUUUCAUGUGUUGUCUGGUGUGAGCGAUGUCGAAGCGCAAAUACAUGUUCGUCACUUCAAUUAUAUCCUGCCGUGUCGGGUGCUCGUAUACUUAAGUAGUCAAUUUGAUUUCUAAUGAAUCUUUUAUUCGAAUCUAAUUUAAUUGUGAUCAUUUUACUUACGUCUUAUGUACUUAGUUUAGGUAAUUAUUGAAUGUCCGUUACCAACUGUAUCAAUAUUUUUGAUAUUGUUUAUUAGGAAUGUGUGAUGUGUGAAUAUCUCGAAUUGUUUUUGAAAUUAUAAAUGUGUGAUAUUAAAAUGUAAUUUUUAUAAAUAAUCAAUGUGAGAACAGUGCCUGCUAAUUAUUUUUUAAGAUUGUUUGUUGAUUUUUGCAAAAUACAAUUAUAUUUGCA